GAGCCACCGCCCCACGUUAUGACGGCAGUGCGUGGGUAACUUAACGUCAGACAGUCUUAAAACUUCUGUCUACAAAUUGAACUGCUUCAGAACCUGCGACGAGUGUGAAACGUCCGAGAUCUACAAACCAGAAAUGAGUUCACAAAUCCGACAAAACUUCCACCAGGACUGUGAGGCUGCCAUUAACAGGCAAAUAAACCUGGAGCUAUAUGCCUCCUAUGUUUAUCUCUCCAUGGCAUACUAUUUUGAUAGGGAUGAUAAAUCCCUUCCAAAUUUUGUAAAGUUUUUCCACACACAGUCCAAAGAGGAGCGUGAGCAUGCUGAGAAGCUGAUGAGUCUGCAGAACCAGCGUGGAGGCAACAUUUUUCUGCAGGACAUUAGGAAACCUGAUAGGGAUGAGUGGGGGAGUAGCCUGGAGGCUCUGGAUUGUUCCUUGCAGCUGGAAAAAAAUGUAAACCAAUCCCUGCUGGACCUGCAGAAACUGGCAGCUGAACACAAUGAUCCUCAUUUGUGUGAUUUCAUUCGAAGACACUUAAAGACACCAAGAAAAGCAACUUUACCAAUCUGUUAUUACUACUGA